AUGCAGCUUCCUUCAGGAGGAUUCGUUGCUUUGCUUCAGACUCUUCACUUGUCGCAAGGUCUGUAUAAACCGACACCACCGGCUGGUCCCUCAUCAUACACGAGAACUCUGGCUGGCCCUAACUCGUAUACGCCUUACGACUCUUCUGGAACAAACGAUGCUUCUGGAGAUGAUAGAUCCUCGCAGGUCUCUGGUGACUCUGACAAUUCAUGCGCCUGGCUGCCGUACGACUCUCCUGUGGAGAACCAAGACUUUGCUCCCUUCGACUCGGCAAAGGCAACCGUAUACCGAUAUCGUCAGCAGCAGUCUGUUAACCUUGGCUCCUGGUUUGUCCAUGAAGCUUGGAUGACGCCCUCACUAUUCUCCUGUGCUGCUGACGACCAGGAGUCCGAGGUCGAUAUCGCACAUGGCUGGGAAUCUAUCGCUGGGGCUCGCGCUGUUCUCGAGCGGCAUUGGGAUACCUUCGUCAACGAUUCUGAUUUUCAGUAUCUGGCAAGCGUUGGUAUCAACACUGUCCGACUCCCUAUCGGUUACUGGAAUCUAGGACCAGAUUUCGUUCAAGGCACACCCUACGCCGACGUGGGAGACGUAUACCGCAAUUCGUGGCCAAGGAUUGUGCGGACGAUAAACAUGGCGGCUGCGAAUGGUAUCGGCGUUCUCGUUGAUCUACACGGUGCCCCAGGGAGCCAGAACGGUCAGCAACACUCGGGUAUAUCGGAUGGCCAAACGAAUCUCUUCGACAGUCCUACGUUCAUCAACCAGACCUUGGCUGUGCUUACCUAUCUCGUGCAACAACUGGCCUACGUCACGAAUGUCGUUGGGAUACAGAUACUCAACGAACCGCAAAACGUGCCGUCUCUUUCAGAUUUCUACGACCAAGCGAUCGCUACCAUGCGCCAGGUAUACCCCGAAGCCAACGUGCCUCUAUACCUUCACGACGGGUUCGAUCUGGAGCGCUUCAGCAGCUAUGUCGCCAACCGCAAAGACUUUGUCGUGCAAGAUCACCAUUCCUACUUCGUUUUUACACCCUCAGAUGCGAGUGAGCCGGCAUCGCAGCAUACGUCGGAUGUCCAGAACGGCAUCGCGGACUCUCUUCGCCAGGCGUCGGUAGCCGAACACCGCAGCCUUGUUGUAGACGAGUUCUCCUGCGCUCUUACAGACGAGAGCUUGCAAGACGAAGCGGACCCCAACCAAGCUCGCAUGGAUUUCUGCACGGGACAGAUCGAGAUCUAUGCUAAUACCACGGCAGGAUGGAGCUUUUGGGCAUAUCGGAAGGAAGAUUGUGCGGAUGACCCAGGGUGGUGCUUUGGAGCUGCUGUUGGGAAGGCGCUUCCCUCCACCUUCUUCUCCUACGGUGUGCCCCCGGCCGACCCUGAGCCUGUCCAGCUGCCGGACAUGUCAACGCUCAGCCAAGGCAUGACUCCGCCUUCAGGUCAACCGGAUCCAUCUCCGACCAGCACCUCAGUUCAAUACGAACCUUAUGCACAAGGUGACACUUCUUCUCCACCCCCCGCGUUCCGAAGCACCCCUGGGUAUCAGCAGAACCCUCCGGCAAAUAGUGGGCCUUCGGACGCGUUGCAGCAGGCUUCUAAACUUCGAGGCUACAAGGAUGGUUUCCUGACCGCAAGGAUCCUUGCGCUGUACAACCUGUCGAAGCUAGGCUUUGUAGGACAGUAUAUCUUGGACAGCUUGGCGACUCUGGGACCUGACGUUGUCGCUCCUGGCACGGAGAGCUUCUAUGAAGAAGGAUUCCUUCAAGGCCUUGCCGACGGAGAGGCUGUAGUUGCCUCUGGGUUGGCUGCGUCGGGGUAG